UGACGGGUUACAUUUUAACCAGGAGCCAGUGUUCCUCUGCAGUGACGACUCUUUCUCCAGAAGAGGUUCUACAAGCGGCCAAAACAAAAACACUACAUGCACACGCCAGCCAGUCCACGCAAGGGCGAUUUCGCAUUGUAACGCAGACAGCUCCUUUCAUGACGGCAAGCCUUUCAAAGUCAUUGUCUCUACUACCAAACGGGGAAAUACUUCAGAAGUGUGUAGAAGAGCACAGUGCAGAAGUUCCCAUCACUGAUGCUUUGAGUUUGUGGGGAAAUAAACUUCUUUUCUGCUGGAAACAUGUUGGGUUUGUGUGAGCUGCUUGGCGAUGAACAGUUCUGGAUGCUCAGCGCUUGAACAUGGAGCAGUUUCACAUUAGCGCAAUGUUGAGGAGAACUCUUCAUAUUUGUGGUGCUAGAAACUGUGAAAGCUGCCGAACAUUUGUCAAGUGGGGCGUGAAAAUUCUGGACGUGGUCAGAGACAGAGCACAGAACUAGAGGUGGUAUUGUCGUGAUGGAGAAGCCCCAGUCCAAUAUGUUUUUCCAUAAACGAAGGUCCCAGUUGUUGUUACUGAAUUCACUGACGUGUGGCUUGGAGAUUUGUGUGGCAGCUGGAAUCACCUUUGUACCCCCACUGCUUCUGGAAGCCGGGGUACAAGAAAAAUACAUGACUAUGGUUUUGGGUAUUGGGCCUGUCCUAGGACUGAUAUUUGUUCCGAUGAUCGGUUCAGCAAGUGACCAUUGGACAAGUCGCUAUGGCCGCCGACGCCCCUUCAUUUGGGCGCUCUGCUUUGGGGUCCUUCUGAGUCUCUUUGUUAUCCCUCAUGCCAGCAAGAUGGCCACUUUCUUCAGCCUGAAAGAUUACCCUGUCGAUGUGAUCUUCCUUAUCGUUGGGAUCUGCAUGUUGGACUUCUGUGGCCAAGUCUGUUUCACCCCUCUGGAGGCCCUGCUCUCAGACUUGUUCCAUGAUGCAGAAGAUUGCAGGCAGGCUUUCUCCAUGUAUUCCUUUAUGAUCAGCCUGGGGGGUUGUAUCGGCUACCUCUUGACAGCAGUGGACUGGAAAAGGACCUUUCUGUCCACUUACCUUGGUGGGCAAGAAGAUUGCCUCUUCACACUUCUGGCUGCCAUAUUUAUUUUCUGUGUUCUUGCAACUUUUUUUGUAUCUGAGGAAAACGGUAGUAAUAUGGAUGGCCGGGUUGACAUUUCACCAAAGGAAGUCAUUAAGCCUCUGUCAAGGUACUGUUGUUGCUCCACUAGUAUGCUUUGGCGAGCAAGGCAGUACCUUCUGGUACUGAAGAACUGUUGCACUUUGAUCCCCAAACUCUCUAACUUGUACUGUCGCAUACCUAAGGUGAUCCGGCAGCUGGUUGUAGCCGAGUUCUACAGCUGGAUGGCUCUCAUGACGUUCAUGAUGUUCUACACAGACUUUGUGGGGGAGGGGCUGUACCACGGAAUCCCUAAUGCUGAUCCUGGGAGUGAAGCUAGGCUACGCUAUGAUGAAGGUGUUCGAAUGGGCAGUAUGGGUCUUUUCCUGCAGUGUGCAUUCUCAAUCUUUUGUUCAGCAAUAAUGGACAGACUGGUGAAGGGGUUUGGUACCAAAGUAGUAUACCUCGCCAGCAUAGCAUUUUUUACAUUUUCUGCCAUCAUCAUGUGCCUUUCGAAGAGUGUGGUCCUGGUGACAGCGAUGUCUGCACUAACAGGGUUUACGUAUUCAACUCUACAGAUUCUGCCCUACACAUUGAACUCGCUUUAUCAUAAGGAAAAACAGGUAUAUUUUUGCAAGCACAAGUUUACUGAACUCGAAGAUGGCAAUUGCCAGAUUGAGAAAAAGGCAUCUUUGCAAAAUGGAAUCUUGAAUCAUAAAUCAUAUAAUCAAAAUGGAAAUUUAAUUACAACUGCUCCUCUACUGUCUUCCAAAGGCCCGCUGCCAGAGAGAAGCAGCAUCUCACAGAACCGUGGAUCUCAGUGCGAGGUCAUCGUGUCUGCUGGAUCUACUGACAGUGAACAGUCUACUAUGGGGAGGGGGAUUUGCCUUGACCUAGCUAUUCUGGACAGUGCCUUCCUUCUUUCUCAGGUCAUUCCCUCGCUACUCAUGGGAACAAUUGUUCAGUUUACACAGACAGUAACUGCUUACAUGAUCUCCGCGGCCUUCUUUGGGACAGUGGCUAUUUAUUUUGCAACCAAAAUAGUUUUUGAUAAAAAUGAUUUAGAAAAGUAUUUAGUGUGAUGUAAUGAAGGGAUGAUGCUUUUUCUGCUAUGGGGUGGUGUAACAGUUGGAGGUGAGUGAUAUUGAACUCUACCGUAUUAUUAUAAGCACAAUGGUUGUCAAUUAAGACCAGAAUGUAGAGUUAAAGAAAACUUCUUCAGAAUUCUGGAGAGGUCCUUGGUUCAUUGAUAAUGCUAUUGCUCAAUAACUUUGUAGUCUGACAUGAAUCUAUUUCAGUGACUGGAGACCAUACGGCUUUCAUUUGGUGUUGAUGCGCAAACAUCUGCUGCUUAUCAAAUCCUGUCACUGCUCUGAUUUUUAAAUGAAUCCAUUCGUACACUUCAAAAUGUCAAGUAUUUUACACCACUCUAAUUUUGAUUUUAAAGACAUUUUAAUUGCUGACCUGUGUAGUUUACAGAAGGCCUUAAAUACAUGUCUCUUGAUGUGACUUCAAAAACAGAUUCCUUACCCACGAGUAAAAUUUGAGUCUAUAAUUGCUUUUUUAUAGAAAAAGGUACCAAAGCUCAUAUUCUGAAGAUAUAGUUACGCUACUGUCUCACAAGAUGGGUGAAGGGAAAAGCUAUUGGAUUCCUACAGGCAAGCUCCCUCACUGCACAUCAUCAAACAACCUAUACCUAACCGUAUUGCAUCCGUACUCCAAAUUCACGCUGGAUAGGUCACCAGGAUGAGGGAGAUUGUGGUCAACCUGACCCAUCUGCCCAUGGAAUUAAACUCCUCCCUCUCCUCCAUGGUAGCGGGUAACUUGCCCAAGUGCAAUAUUGAUGCCACUGGCAUCUUCAAAGGCCUACAUUGGGAACGGGUCCAAAUGAAUGUAGCAGUAAAAGAUGUGUAUGAAAAUGUUGAACUGAAACAUCUGGGAUUGGAUUUUUGUGUGUGUUUGGGAACAAUAAGACAAUGCUAUUUUAUUGCCUCAUAUUUUAAACACUUUUUAAGACAGUACCACAUCUUCCAGGUGAACUUGCAUAAGCCUUUGCUUGGUGAUUGAAAUGUUUUGUUUGCACUUAUAAUGGCAAGGUAGCUUUUUAAUUAUUAGCAUUGUCAAAUAGUGCAUUGUGCUGGCCCCUUGCCAGCAGGUUUCAGAGCUCUGUUUUCCACUGACUUUCAGAGGAGUCAUCUAGCAUCUGCUUAGAAGGAAGAGUGUAAAUAGAGGAGAAAGUUAUCCCCGAGGUACCAUCAUACACCUCAGUUGGCUUGUCCUGAGCAAAUAACAGAAGGCGUUGCCAUCGUAAGACGAGGUCACUUUAGGAAGAGGGUUGGGAUGAGCAAAGGAGAUCAGAGAAACUAUGCUUUUUCUCCUUCAGGUUUCUUCCUCUUGCAGAGGGUUAGAUAAAACUUUGCACCAAUUGCUUCUACUGACAUGCAUUUUUAUAUCGGACUUUUACCCUCUGGUUCAAAUGCUCACUAUAUGGGAAUGAUACUCCGUAAGGUCCCAGCCUUUUCCAAGGCCACAAGUCUGCUUCAUCAGAUUUGUGGCCUGGAUAUGUCUCGCACCUUGCUGAUCUCCACCUGCACAGCUAUCAUCCUUUGAUAAGCUUGUCCAGCCCAUCCAUCAUUCUAGACUUCAUGCACUUAGUGGGGCGAUGUCCCCUAUCAACUAGACAAAACUACUGAUAGCUUCACUUAGUUUAGCUCAUCAGCUGAGCUAAAGUAUCAGGAUGUGCCCACUGAUUUGCAUUUCCAGCCGCUUGGAUGAAUGAGAGCUGAGGACACUGCAGAACGCAAAUUCCAAACCAGACUGUGAGGCUGAGAAUGACUCAGGUUCUGUCCUUUCCCAGAAUUCCCCAUGUGAUCCAGGAACAGACACAAUAUGUUGUUUUGAUUGCAAACACAACCCGAAUAUGCCUUGUCCAUAACUCAAGGCUGUCUUGGUGAACAGAAAUUGUGUUUUGAGUGAGAAGGAAAAAUAAUUUGAAGAAAAAACGGAUGAAAGUUGAUGGAAAUCCCGCGUUGAUUAUGGAAAGUGUCCUCUUGAUGUGCCAAAUAUCUUGAAUGUUUCAUCAUUAAUUUGCAUAAUCAUAACACUAUGCUACAAUCUUCUGACUUGAUUUUGAAAAUCACUCCAAUCUCGGCAGGGAUUAAUUGCCAGUAAAAUGUGCCUUCUUUAACCAUUCCUUCAACUCUUAAUAAAACACCAGAGGUAGAAGCAUUAUUGCAGUCCAGUACACAUGGUUCAAUUCUGGCAAAAUACAGUAAAUCGUCUGUGUCCACAAAAUCAUGAAUUGCGAUUUUGUCUAUCCGCACUUAAAAAAAACAAAAAAAUCAAUAACGAUGAGCAAAUAUCCUUAAUCUGUAACUUUUUUUUUUACCAUUUUAACCUUUUUAAAUCUAUUUUUAAUGAGCUCCAUGCUUGUGAUUUUACUCAUUCGCUAGGGUGGGAGGUGUAUCUCGGGAACAGAACCCUCGUGGAUACAGAGGAAUGACUGUACAAGGUUUAAAAUGGACCCAGUGCCCUAAAUUGCAGACAGGUUCAUGCACCUUUGGAAAGAUCAGCAAUCUUCAACAUUAAAGCUUUGGAUGUUCAGUAUUAGUUGCAGCAUUUCACCUUUUGUGUUGCUUUUAGAUCAUAGAUAUGCAACCUUGGUGUUGACAGGUGUCACACCCCUGUGUACACUGAAGUACAGUGAUGCUCUGAAAAGUGUCACAUUACAGUAGGCACUUCAGGCAGGAAUGUUUUCAAGAUAUCAAUUUCUGUACAAUUGGUCAUUUAAACAAUAACUGUAAUUGUUCUCCUUCAUGACCUCUGGUCUAUAUUCCCUAUACACCAAGAACUCUCACUGUAGUCGCUGGUUGCAGAGUCAAGGAUAUUUUUGGUUAGGUAGAGUGGAGCAUUGCAGCGUAACAAUUGGACUGGACUAAUAUUUUGUAGCCUUAACCUAAAUCUCAUAAUUCAAUAAUAGCAAAAUCUGACAUUCUCAAACAUGGCACCAUUCCAUACUGUGUUAUACUCUUCCACGUGACUGCCCUCCUGUCUUUUUAUGAGCUUUCUAACCAGUCACUUUUCCAGUUAUUCCUCAGUGUCCCCAACCUCUUUCUUCUUUGCUGAGGCCGUAAAUCAUUCGACAAGAUGCUCCACAAACCUAGCAGGCCAUCCUCACAGGAUGGGUUCAUGAAACCCCCCAUGACAGAUCUCCAAGUUGGCAGGAUGGCUAAGAUACCUGAAGGACUUCCAAGAAAUGAAACAAAGUAAAUUUCAUUUUUGUUUUGUUCAUAUGAAAAUAUAAUGCUUUUGACAUUUCAAGUGUUUCAACUGAACUUGGGUAGGAGUAAAGAACUUUCUUUGUACUUCAGGACCAUUAGCACUGUAAUACAGCACCCCAUUGCUGUUUUCUGCCUUCAACCUGUUGGUAAAUCAUCCAGGGGUCUAACAUUGUCCAUCUGAACUGAUGGUUUGCCUUUUUAUUGUCCUGCACCAGUAAGAAGGUUAAUGUUGGAAAGUACCCUCAUUUAUGUGUAUGUUUCUGAAUGUUAUUCACAAGUCAUGUACACAACUACGUUAGCAUUUUAGUGUCUGUAUCACUCACCUCUGGCUGACUUUAGGUCUCUAAAUUGAUUGCUACAUUAUAGAAAUGUAUUUGGGGGAAAAGGUAUAUUAUUUUUUGGUAGAAUUAAUAAUUUUGCCUUAAAAAAAUCUAUUUUUGUUAAAAUUGCUGACCUUGCAACUGUUUAAAAAGUCUAUGAAUACUGUAUUUAUACUGUAGAGAUAUUUUGUACAGUGACAAUUUAUAUCCCUUAUAUAAAGGAACAGGAGUCCACAGGAAUAUGGAAGCUGCUGUAUUUUUCUCCAUUGAGGUCCUGUUGAUGAUCUAACUUUUUGCUUUUGGCAACAAUGUCUUCACUUGGAUCACAACUGAACAAAGGCCUUGUAGGAGAAUCAGAUCCAUUGAUGUUUACAACACAGCAGGAGGCCAUGAAUCCCACUGUGUCUGUGCAGGAUCUUUGCUGGACCAAUCCAAAACUAAUCCUAUUGCCUUGCUGUGCAUCCAUAUGGAAUCGCCUCUUCCUCUGCUUCAGCUAAUUAAUUGAUUUUUCCUCAAAAGGUACAAUGGUCUUUGCCUCGAGUAUUCCAUACUGCAGCAUAAUCCUUCUGCAUGCCCUCCUAUCAGAAUUCUCAAUAAAUCUCUUCUUAUUCUUCUCUGCUCUGAGUGGAAAUAACUCCUCCAACUCAAAUCUCCCCUAGAUACCCAUCGCUGAUUUUAAAACUUUCUGUUCCAUCCCUUCUCCUCAUCCCCGAUGCUGGCUGCACAUUUACCAAACUAGUGCAUCUAUUGCAUUAAAUUAUUGAUAUACAGAAAUAAGUUGUGAGUACUCUAACACUGGUGUUAUUAAGGUUAAGGCUCCUCAAGUAUUCAUCAGGAAAAGAAAAGCUGGUGCGUACAAUUGCGGGAUCAGUUUAGGGUGAGGUAGAGUGCUGGAAUGGUAGAAGCAAUUCAGGCCACUAAUCUUCACAACUAGCUUUUCAGCAACUUUACAGAUGUGAUGCAUAUCUCCAACAAAAAAAAUGUUCUGUCAAACAUAGUUUGCUGUUCUUGUCAUCUCACUUUCUCUUUACUCUCAUUCCAUAAGCAUUUGUGCUAACUCUUGGCCAAUCUGGCUGGCUUCUUAAGUAAUAUAACAAAUAAAACAAAGAGCUGCGGAUGCUAACUGAAAUUUUGGGAGAAACUCAGCAGGUCUGGCAGCAACUGUGAUGGUUCAGCACCUCCUUCCAUGUCUAUUACCCACCUCCAAAGCCCAAGUCCUGUCAUGAUUUGAAUUGCUUUCAGCAGAGCUAAUCCAUUCUCCACUACUCAGUCUCCAUUAUCACCCAUUUAGCUACUGUUCUUCCCUGGCUUACCCUCAACAGUCCCUUUGUCUGCCUAUCUUUUUUGUUUCCCUCUCUCUGGCUCACUUUGGGUUCUGUCUCCACCUAUCCACUCACUCCUUUACCUCUCCACUCCCUGCCAUCCGCAUAAGUACCAUUUUUUCAUUGCUGCUUCUAGUUCUGAAAUGGGUUCAGGAUCCGAAACAUUAACUCUGCUUUCUCUCCACAGGUGCUGCCAAACCUGCUGAGUUUCCCUAAUAAUUUCAGUUUAUGUUAGAUUCUUUUACUUCUCUUUCUCUUACCUAUCCCCUCCCUUUCCCCUCAGAACCUGCAAAACAUGUGACCAUGUUAGAAGUGGCAAGUAAUAAAUCUUAAGCUGGAUAAUUCAGUGAGCCCAACACAGAGGGGAGGUAGCGUGGGACAAAAACUAGUCCCAAACUCAGUAUGAAUCUGCAGGGAGUUCAAUCCCACCAUAGCAGCUGGGGUAAUUUUUAAUUCAAUCAAUGAAAUAAAUCUGGAGUAAAAAAACUAGUAUCAGCAUUGGUGACUGUGAACUGUAUUGUUGCAAAAACGUAUCUGGAUUCACUAAUGUCCUUUAGGGAGCGAAAUCUGCCAUUCUUACUGAACCUUUCACCCUUGUUGGAAAUGGCUUAUAAGCGAUUGAUUCUUAAGUGGUGUCCAGAGUGGCUUGGUAACCCAUUCACCUGUAUCAAACCGUCAUGGUUGAGUAUAAUCUGAAUAACGUAGCACUGCGGGAGUCCCUUCGCUACACAAAUUGCAGUUUUCCAAGAAGGUUGCCAAUCACUUUCUUUUCCAGGGCAAUAAAUGCCCAUCCUGCCAGCAACUCUCCCAUCUCCAAAUUAAGAAAAAGAAUAAUCUGCCUGCUGACAUUUACAGGCAGAUUUCAUGUGCGUCAAUCUCAUUGAAUUUGUAUUUUGCAGGUUUUCAUCCCAUUUUCUCCUUCUUCCUUUCCGUCAUAACGUGCCUAACACUGAUGCUGUUUGCAAUGGUCAUUCAAGUGGCUGUUUUUCAGCUAAUCUCAGCCCUCCCCAGUUGAGAGGGCAGAAACCACUUUGAGAGUCCUUUUGUGAAGAUCAGCCAACUGGAGGCUUCCAAAAGCUCCAAGGCAGCAAUGGACGCUGUGGAGCUCCCCUCUUCUCCACCCCUCCUCACCCCAAAGCCCACUGUCACUCUCACAGGUCUUUUUCCAUCAGCUCUUCCCCCAUACUUUGCACACCAUCACUCCCACUUUUACAGUUCUCUUUCCCACCAAACAACCUCCCCCCACAACUCCAAAACAAAAACUGAGCUUGUGACAAUUUUCAAGCCUCAAAAUGGGGUCAUACUGGGAAAAACUGAGAUUAUUAUUUGUGAAGUCAAAGCCAAUAAAUAUACAUUCUAUUCUUUACUGAAAUGCUGAAAUCCUGGCCAGGAUUUUACUGCAAACCUCAUUUCAAUUUUCAACGUGUGGGAGAAUUUCUUGUAAUGCUCUUCUAUGUAGACAAAUCUUAAACCUAAACAAAGUUAGGUUAACACACUGAUAAACCUGCCUCAGCUGUUGAAAUUUCUAUUUUGGCUUAAGUGGAUUGACCGUCUCAUUGCUUUCUUUUCAAAAUAGCUUUUAUUUUGGACUUGGGGAUGUCAUGGAGUCUUGGAGGAAAUGCAUUGGCUGCAGCAAGAGUGAGUAGGUAUGAGAGAUGGAGACUAGAGAUUGUCUUUGGUAGAGAGGUGACAGAGAUGAAACAAUUUGGUGGCGGGGUUAAUGGGAGGGAAUGCAUUUUGGAUGACAGCAGGUGCCAAAAAAAAUGGCGCAUUCAAGGAAAGGAAAGGUCUGGCAGGGAGCAGAGGUAGAGUGGCUAAAAUGGGUUAGGAGUGGUUUGGCAAUUGAGUGGGAGUGGGGUCCAGCAAGAAUAGAUUAGCUUAUUUUCUCAACGGUUUUACUGAGUUGUGGUGUUUUCUGUGUAGCAUGGUCACUUAACAGCAUUAGUGCAAUCAUACAGUAUUACAAAGACAAAUUAUAAAUAAUAUAUACCAUAGAUCUAUAGCUUGCUUAAACUUUAAUACAAGAUUAGACACUUCUAUAAAUCAAAGGUUAUGUUUUCAAGGUUUCUUGCUAAUUCCAACAGCAAUUAAUAUAUUUUGAUAUUUAUUCAAUGACUUUGGUUCUGAGCUGAGGUAUAUAAUGACACUAAAAAUGUGAAGAUUGGGUGUGUUCUGAGGAUCCUGUUACUUUGAACAACCCCUUGCUGUUAAAGCUCAGCUCUGCCUACUUUGUGCUAACGAUAUGAAGUUUGAUAGAUUCAGUCAUUUGAAUUUUAAACUUGUAUAAAAGUACAUUUUUAGAAAUGCUGCAAUGUAGUUUUAUUUUUCCGUCAUCGGAUAGGUUUUAAAAUAUAACUUAUAAAUGGACUGAAGAAACUGGAUACGUGAAUGUAUUCUUGAGAAUAUCAACGUUAGUCACUUCCUACCAAAGCACCUUAGUGCUGAAAACUUAAUUCGACUAUUUGGCUCUAUUUGACUAAAUGAACGAAGUGAUAAGAUUGUAACCUUGAAUAUUUCACCCUGCUGCUUAAUCGGUAACUAUUUUGAUCUCUGGUUUCUCCCAUUCUGUUCCAAAUUAGAUAUGCAGAGGGAUGUGUAACGUAAAUAUCAUUCUCCCCUCUCUUUAAUUGUUUUUAUCUCAUUGCCUUCUCUCUCUCUUUCUUUUGUGCUUUCUGCAUUCACAUCCUUCCCUUUAUUGCUGCAGUUAAGAUCAGAAACUGCAUGAUCCAGGGUACUCAGACUUGUAUCCCUCCACUCUCUGAUAUCCUCUGUGCAGAAUUUCAAAUGCUUCAUUGCUUUGUUAAUCAUGGAGAUAUGACUGGAUAAGAUCCUUUGUCUUUUUAAGAAGAGUGUGUGGUGUUCAAUGGUACAAAACAAGAGACAUGCAGCUCAUGUCCAAAUUUAUAUUCAUCCCUGUAAAACAGUAAGUGUUAAUAUAUCACUGUAAUCUUGUACAAUUUGUCCUUUGCAAUAAAUAUACUUGUACCAUGCUCAAACCAAA